GUCGAUUCAACGCAUCCACAAUGGCACGAAAUCCGGACACCAAUAUUCGACUCAUCACCCAAACGCCACGGUGACCAUUACCGUAAUCCUUGCCCGUAAAUUCGUCACUAUGGCGCCCAAAAAACGGAUUGUAACGUCCAAGAUCCUUCAGACCCUCCUCAUACGCAUCGGCUCCGCGUCUUCAGGCCCAAAAGCUACUCUGCAAACGAGAUUUCCGCGCGACCUGCAGAUAUCACGGCUGUUUGGUGCACAAGACCAUGAAGGGGGUGGCCGGAAGCGGCCGCUGAGGAUCAUGAGCAUCGACAUGGGCAUCAAGAACCUUGCUUAUUGCGUGGCGAGCGUUUCGUAUCCUGGGGCUUCUGAUCACGGGGCGAAGUGGAGUGCGGUGAUGGAUGUGGAGCAGUGGGAGAAGAUUGAUCUGCUUGGCGCUAGAAAGGUUGUGCCGUUGACGUCGAGCCCUCGGGAUGUGGCUGGUGCGGGGAAUGAGAAUGAAGAUGUGGAUGUGAAUGAGGAAGAGGAUGUUGAUGCGGAUGAAAAUCAAGACGUGGGUGUGGAUGUGAACGUCGAUGUGGAGGGGGAAACAGACCCUUUCUCCCCCUCCAACCUCUCCCUCACAGCCUACCACCUCGUCACGCAAACCAUUCUCACCGCAAAGCCAGACAUCAUCCUGAUCGAGAAACAGCGCUGGCGCUCCGGAGGUGGCCAUGCAGUCUUGCAAUGGACAGUCCGGGUCAACACGCUAGAGGCCAUACUCUGGGCCGUCCUGACAAGCGUGAAAGCCGAGCGCGCACUGCAAGAUCCAAAAGCGAAGGGCUUCACGGUGUGGGGCGUAGAUCCGAAGCGCGUCGGGCAGUUCUGGCUGGGUGUGCAUUCCCAGCAAACCGAGAGCGCAGCAGCGGAAACUGUCAGUACGGAGCCCAUCAAGACAAAACCUAUCAGCGCAGAACCUAUCAGCCCGGAGCCCAUCACCGCAGAAGACGAAACCACGCCAGCAGGCGACGAAGCAACGAAGCCAAGCCGUCCCAAAGCGAAGAAACCAAACCGCAGCAAAGCAGAGAAACGCGCGAAAAUCAGCCUGCUGCGCGGAUGGCUAACGACCACACCAUCUUCUACCGGCUCUCUCACGCGUUCCUCGUCCGCCUCGUCCCCUAGGAUUCACUUCCAGAUCGGACACAAGGCGAGCGCUACGCGGGAUGCGCUUGCCUUUCCAGGGCAGAAAUCGCUGUCGGGGACGGGACAAAUACGCGACGCAGAGCUGAAGAAGCUGGACGAUGUGGCGGAUUGCUUUUUGCAGGCUGCGGCGUGGGUUGCGUGGGAGAGUAAUAGGAUGCAGCUUGUUGAUGUUUUGGCGAGGGUAGAGGGGGAGGGUGAGGAUGCGGACACAGAGGUGGAGGUGGAAGAGGAGGUGGUGGACGGGGCGUUGAGUAAGAAGGUUGUGCUCGCCAUGGUGGAUGAAGUUGGGGAUGUGUAGAGGUAUCGAAAUAGUCUAUUCGAUUGAAGAAUAUACAAGCAUUAAGAUUUUACACGGUUGGUUUACGUCUGUUGAUCGACUUUACAAACAAAC